CUUCUUCUUACAGUUGUGUUCUUGAAUUGCCUCCGCGUCAGGAUUCCUUGAACCAGCCACCAUGGCUGACAUGAAAACGGGCAUCUUUGCGAAAAAUGUCCAAAAGAGGCUGAACAGGGCACAGGAAAAGGUGCUUCAGAAACUAGGCAAAGCUGAUGAAACAAAAGAUGAACAGUUUGAAGAGUAUGUUCAGAACUUCAAACGGCAAGAGGCAGAAGGUUCCAGACUUCAAAAAGAGCUCCGAGGAUAUUUAGCUGCAAUUAAAGGGAUGCAAGAUGCUUCCAAAAAGCUUACAGAGUCUCUUCAUGAAGUAUAUGAACCUGAUUGGUAUGGCCGGGAAGAUGUGAAAAUGGUUGGUGAGAAAUGUGAUGUACUUUGGGAAGAUUUUCACCAAAAGUUGGUAGAUGGGUCACUACUAACUUUGGAUACAUAUUUGGGACAGUUUCCUGAUAUAAAGAAUCGCAUUGCAAAGCGGAGCAGGAAGCUAGUAGACUAUGAUAGUGCAAGACAUCAUCUGGAAGCUUUGCAAAGUUCAAAAAGAAAAGAUGAAGGGAGAAUUUCUAAGGCAGAAGAAGAGUUUCAGAAAGCACAGAAGGUAUUUGAAGAUUUUAACACUGAUUUGCAAGAAGAACUACCAUCUUUAUGGUCAAGGCGCGUGGGCUUCUAUGUGAACACAUUUAAAAAUAUCUCCAGUCUUGAAGCCAAAUUUCAUAAAGAAAUAGCUUUGCUCUGCCACAAACUUUAUGAAGUGAUAACUAAAUUGGGAGAGCAGCAUGCUGACAAAGCUUUCACAAUCCUUGGGGCACCCAGUGAUUCUGGUCCACUCCGAAUUGCAAAAACUCCAUCACCACCUGAAGAGGCUUCCCCACCACUUAGUCCUGAAGCUAAUGCAAAUCAUACAUUGGCAACUCCGAGUUCUCCAGCACCUACACGUCCGAAAUCUCCUUCACAGCUGAGGAAAGGACCUCCUGUCCCACCACUGCCUAAACUCACACCAACGGUAGACAUGCAACAAGAAAAUAUCAUCAGUUUAUUUGAUGAUAACUUUGUUCCAGAAAUAAAUGUGACAACUCCUUCUCAGAAUGAAGCUCCUGAUGUUAAAAAAGAAGAAUCUUUGUUAGAUUUGGACUUUGAUCCUUUCAAGCCUGAUAAUGCAUCUACUGUGGUAACCCAUUCCCCAAUAUCUCAGACGCUACCUUGGGAUCUGUGGACGACCAAUAAUGAGGUGGUGCAGCCGCCUGACUCUCCAAAAAGUCAUUCCCUGUGUAACCUGGUCAUGGAGGAAAAUCCAGACAGUGGGUCAACAGAAGAUCCUAACAAGCCCCAAACUGAUUUAGGUUCACUCAAUGUGGGUCUAGAUCCAGAUUCCCUCAAGAAGUCAGCCAGUGAGGGCCAGGAAAGAACUGCUGGUGGUCCUAUGCCUUUUCUUCAGGCAGAGGAAAGCUCAGCAGAAUCAUCUGAUAUGCUAGUUUUUCCUACUUUGCCUGCUCUAGGCAAGCAUGAGGAUGGUGCAUCAUGGACAGCUUAUGCAAAUGAACAUGAAACUACUUUUCUAAGACCCUGCUUGGACAUUAGUCAUAGUGGAGAUGAUGGCACUGUUCUGGUGGAGAAUAACCAGUUUUUAGUGAGUGAAACUUUGGCUGAGAAGUCUUCAGUGGAAACUGACAGCUUUUUGGGUGAAGAACCAUUUAGUGUGGAAAUGACAAAAGAGGCGAAUCCAGGCUUAGAAGACUCUUUCUGGACAAAUACGGACCCAUGUGAAAAGGUAGACACCAGAGAUCCUAAGCUCAAGGAGUCCUACAAUGAAAUUGAAUGUUUUAAGGCCUUAGGACAACCUUAUAAUGAAGCUGUAAAAAAGACCAAGGUAGAAAUUAGACAAGAUUUAGAACGUAUAAAUGGGCAACAAGAAACAAUUACCGAUAGUUGUCCCCAGAAAUUUGAUGUAGAUUUUAAUAAGGCUGAUAUGGUUAAGAAGACAGUUGGAAGAGAUUUCAAGAACAUGAACAGCUCUACAGCUCUAGAACAUAAUAGACCUGAAAUGCAGAAUGCUUUGUGUUCCCUGUGUCAGGAUCCUGAAGAAACAUACGAGGGUAAGGGGGCCAUAAAAUGCAUACAGGAAAGUGAUAUGGCAAGUAUUAUAGGAACUGCUAACCUCCAAGUCAAAGACAAUUUUUCUACAGAGUUUGGAAAUCUUGGGUAUGAUUUUGAAACAAAAGGGGCAGAAGAGUUUUGCAAAAAAUAUGAAGACUGUGGCCUCAAUACCACUCAAGAGAAUAAAGAUAUUGAAUAUAAAGCUAAUUGUAUAUCCCUUGACAAGGAUAUGACUGCGCAGCAUAGGCUUGAGAAUCCAACUAAUGCAUAUUUCAGUAGUUCCAAGUUAGAGAAUAUGGAAGGUGAAUUGGCGGAUAGGGAAAUGUUUUGUGGGCCUGAAGAACCUAACAUUAGUUUACCCAAAAUGUUAGAGACAGAACCCUGGGAUGACAGCUGGGAUCCUACAUUUAGUUCUGAUUCCUGGGGGUUUUCUAGCCAGUCAAUUAGCUAUGAUUCCUGUCCCUUUCCUCCCACACAAAACUCUCUAGAUGGAAACUUGGACAACCUAUGGCCAGGUUUCAUGCAAGAUUUAGGAGAAUUAAACAAUAGCUGGGGAACUGCAUGUGUAAUGACCAGUCAGCAGAAUCAGGAAGCAUCUUUACAGCAAGGAUCAUCUGGGGAAGAGACAAAUAUUAGCACCUGUGGAUCAAACAAGAUAAGUAGGCCAUUGAUUCUGUUCCAAAUGGGAAACUCUGGAAAGGCUAGCACUGAAAACUUCACUAGCCCCAAAGAAAAUGAGACCAACAGCUCAGAUUUAUCUGAAGAUGAAAUUGCUAACCGGAGAUAUGGAUUGUUAUACCAGGAAACUGAGGCUGAUAAAGAAGAGGCAUCAAGCAAUGCUUUUAAUGGAUUUGCACAGGACACCUCCCUAUUUUCAUUGCAGCCAAGUCAGGAUAUUACAGAUAAUAAGGCUGAAGAAGAAGCUCCCUCUUUGGAAAUCCAGGCAGAGGAAGACAUCAAUAUGGCUGCUUCUGAUACCCAGCCAGAAGCAGAGGCUUUGGAGACUGAUACGUCCACAGCUGAAACUGUGUUGCAGAUGGACUCAGUAAUUGAAGGUCCUACUGAAACUGAGUGUGUUGAUGCCACUUCUACAAAUGAGAGUGGUGAAGUUGCUAUUACUGAUGAAAUAGCAGUUACUGAAAGCAGCAUAGAUUACACUGAAGGAAAAGCAGAAGACAUCCAGGACAACCUUAGUAACAUCCCAUCAGUAGUUAUAGAGCCUGCCUCAAACAAUGAAGAUGGAGAUGAUCAUGAAAUACAAGUUACUGAAUCUAAAGAUUCUAUGGAAGAAGUUGCUAAUCAGAAAAUUGAAGUAUCCACUGUUGAAUCUUCAGAUGAUAUAAGUGAGCCAACAAAUAUAAUAGAAGUACAGCCUGCAUCUUCUGAGAAGCAGUCUACAGCAACAGAUGACAUGCCUCCUGGCUUCCUCUAUAAGGUUGAAGCUCUGCAUGAUUUUGAGGCAGCCAACAGUGAUGAACUGACGUUGCAUCGAGGUGAUAUUGUAUUGGUAAUCCCAUCAGCAGCAGAAGCAGAUCAGGAAGCAGGUUGGUUAACAGGUGUUAAGGAAUGCAAUUGGCUUCAAUACAAAGAUGCAUCCACAUACAAGGGACUGUUCCCUGAAAACUUCACCUGCCGUUUCGAGUAAUUUCCAGUUCCAGAGGCAACACCCUCAUAGGAAGCUCAGUGUGAACAUCUCCAACAUACAGGAGUCCAUAGUUGAGCCAAUACUUCAGACAAAAUUCAGCUGAAGCACAUCAAAUGAGCAUGAUUGCAAGAAAUUAAAAGCUAGCAUAUUCUGAAACAGUAUGUGGAAAAAAGUACUUAUUUGUUCACAUAUAUAUGGCAACAGGUUUGUUUGUACUUUGUCAGAGCUAUGGUGAUCCUGUAACUUGACCUUUCCCCAUGCAAAUGAGUAGGCUCCUCAAUACCAAACCUUAACUUUUCUGCACUAACUGUAUUGAAUUGAGUUGCUGCACUGCAGAAGACUUCAUUAGUAAUCCUGUAGUACUGAAAUCAAAGUAUUCUAUUUUCAAUGUGUUUGGGGAAAAAAAUCUGCCGCAAAAAAAAUCCAUGUUAUUUUCUUCCAUAUAUAUGUACAUAUACAGAGAUACCUAUGUGUUGUAUGUAUACAUAGCACAUAAAAAUCCUAGGAAACAAACCUGCAGCACAAGUUAUUGGUGACAUGAAAUCAGGAAAAACUGGAAAACAUGUGUAAUUGUUAAGCUUAAGACACUAAUAGAGUUAUUACGGAGGAGAGUAAUAUGCAUUAGAAUCACUGUAUCACCUUUGAAGGUUGGCUGUCAACUGAUUUUAUGCAUUAGCAAAUAUCUUAUCUACUUAUAGUCAUUUCUUCAUGUAGAACUGUUCAUUCAAACAUUUGCUCUUAUUAUCAGGUAUCAGUAGAGAAUUCUGUUACAAGAGGAAAUUAGAUGCAUCAUUACCAAAAUAUUCAGUAGUAAAACAUGCAUUUGUAAUGCAAAAUUAUCAUUUCAAGCAUUAUAAAAAAGCUACUAAACUCAUUUUCAAAGCAGUUGAAACACAAGUGAAGGCAUGGCUCGUUCACCUCUACAUUAUCUAUCUACUAUAGACAAGGAUGAAAUUAUUCUGAUAAGCAAACUAUAAUGGUAGAUUUUUUUAAGAUGGCUGGAUGAAUAAAUACAUUUCUGAAUUAAGUGAAGAUGAAUUAAGACAAUAUAUUUUCACAGUAUGCAUUUAUCCAACAUAUAUUCAACAAUCCCCCAAAGUAUGUAUUGUGUAUCAAAAAGACAUCUGUAACUAUUGUUUUUCAGUGUUGUGUCAUUUAAAAUAAA